AUUAACCCUAUUGUCACUCGCUCAUCCACUAACUGCGACUCGCUCGUUCCGUGGAGGUUUCGCUCUCUCAGUUUCUUUUCCCCAAAUUGUUUUUCAUCUAACAAUUUACUUUGCAGCCUCUCUCUCUCUCUCUAUCAAUCCUUUCUCUAACCCUAACACCCAACCUUCCAAUCUUUCUUUCGAUCCAUCAUCUCGCAGAUAAUGGGAGAAACCAAGGACGAAGCAUACGAGGAAGAGCUUAUUGACUACGAGGAGGAAGAAGACAAGGCUCCCGACUCCGUCGGAGCUAAAGUCAACGGCGAAGCUACCAAGAAGGGCUAUGUUGGAAUUCACAGUUCAGGAUUCAGAGACUUUCUUCUGAAGCCAGAGCUACUUCGGGCUAUUGUGGACUCGGGAUUUGAGCAUCCUUCUGAAGUGCAACAUGAGUGCAUCCCUCAAGCAAUUCUAGGAAUGGAUGUGAUUUGCCAAGCGAAAUCUGGAAUGGGAAAGACUGCUGUCUUUGUUCUCUCGACUCUGCAGCAGAUUGAUCCCGUUCCUGGCCAAGUUUCUGCUCUUGUUCUGUGCCAUACUAGAGAAUUAGCAUACCAGAUAUGCCAUGAGUUUGAGAGGUUCAGUACCUAUUUACCCGAUCUCAAGGUUGCUGUCUUUUAUGGUGGGGUCAACAUCAAAGUUCACAAGGAUCUGCUGAAAAAUGAGUGCCCUCAUAUUGUUGUUGGAACACCUGGAAGAAUACUAGCAUUGACUAGGGAUAAGGAUCUUUCUUUGAAGAAUGUGAGACAUUUCAUAUUAGACGAAUGUGACAAGAUGCUGGAAUCACUGGAUAUGAGGAAAGAUGUUCAAGACAUUUUCAAGAUGACUCCCCAUGAUAAGCAAGUUAUGAUGUUUUCCGCAACACUCAGCAAGGAAAUUCGCCCAGUCUGCAAGAAAUUUAUGCAAGAUCCUAUGGAAAUUUAUGUUGAUGAUGAGGCGAAGUUGACACUUCACGGACUUGUGCAGCACUACAUCAAACUGAAAGAAGAGGAGAAAAACCGGAAGUUGAAUGAUCUUCUUGAUGCACUGGACUUUAAUCAAGUUGUUAUCUUUGUUAAAAGUGUUAGUAGAGCAGCCGAGCUGGACAAACUACUCGUGGAGUGCAACUUUCCUUCUAUAUGCAUCCACUCUGGCAUGUCCCAGGAAGAAAGGUUAAAGCGUUAUAAAGGUUUCAAAGAAGGGCAUACAAGAAUUCUUGUCGCAACGGAUUUGGUUGGAAGAGGGAUUGACAUUGAACGUGUCAACAUUGUUAUAAACUAUGACAUGCCUGAUUCUGCAGACACGUACUUGCACAGGGUUGGUCGAGCUGGAAGAUUUGGCACCAAAGGCCUUGCAAUUACAUUUGUUUCCUGUUCUACCGAUGUUGAUGUUCUCAACAAUGUUCAAUCAAGGUUUGAGGUGGAUAUAAAACAGCUGCCAGAGCAGAUUGAUACCUCAACUUAUAGUAUGUGUUUUUCACCCGUUGACUUUAGUUCAUAUAAUGGAUGCUUGAAUCUUAAGAAUUAUAUUUUUUAUUCUAAUUAUUUCAAAAAUGAAACUGAAUUAGAAGCAUGAAUCUUUAGUUGAAUACAAAUUAUUCUAUAUGCAUUAUUAAAAUUAAUUGUAGUUUAUGCAGAAAGCCUAUUUAAUUUUCAAAUAACAACCUAAAAAGUGAUUUUAGUGACUUUUCAAUUUGUUGUUACACAUAGAUGAAUCUGAUAAUAUUAAUUGAGCACAUAACAGUUCCGGGAGGUUGAAUUGGCAGUUCUUUUACGUUGUUACUUGCCUCAAAAUGGGUCAUCCAACCGACUUCUAACAGUUUACUUUUAUUGAUCAAACUGAAACAUUAAUAUAAUUGGACCAAUUGAUGUAAUUGUAAGAGUUUGAAUUGCAAUGUUUUAUAUUUCAUUGAAUAAUUGAUUAAUUUCAUUUAAUUAAAAAAAAUAGGUGGGUUGCUGAUGUGGUGGCUAAAUCGGUUCACUGGUUUUAACCUAUUUUGAUAGCACUAGACUAUGCAUAUAAGCUUACCGUAGUUAUUUUGUCAUUCUUUCGAAUUUUAAUGUGAAAUCUCGAUUCUUGUUUUGAUAUGGCUUUGAGAACUUAAAACUUUGUAAGUGGUUAUUUGAGUUUCAUGCUUCACCAUGCAAUGGUAUUGUAUGAUAAACGUGUUUUUGUUCAAUAAAUUAUUUGUUAGUGUUUUAUGGAGUUACUACACAUUUCAUGCUAUUUUAUGUAAAAAUUCAAAAUGGUGUUAUCCUUGUAUGCAUUGUGGAAUUUCACAUAAAAGAUUUAGUCAAUAUUCCAAAAUACUUCAAUUGUUUUUCAUUGAGUUAUAUUUUCUGAAUAAUUUUUAUCAAUGUUUGCAAUUGCAUUGUUUUUUCAUGUCGUUACGAUUACAAAUUUAUUCUGUAGUCUAUGAAAGUACCGACGUUUCUCAUUUCAGUUGAAGUUUUACUAUUCUGCUGUUUUAUUUGUUUUUUUGUCAGUUUUAAAAUAUUGACAGUUUUUUUAUUGUCUUUUGUUUCCUUCCUGUUGGUUUUAUGUUUCAUUUUACAUAUUUUGUGGCACUGUUAACAGUUUUCUAAGUUGAUCUCCUUGAUCUGCAGUGCCGUCCUAGUAGGUUUUUAUUUUGGGAGCAACGUUGACUGCUUGUGUCAUGAGUAAUAGUGACGCAGGAUAAUUUGAACAGCGGAUGAUUAACCGUGCUGAUAGAUAGCAGAGUCUGUUUACAGACUAGGCCAUUUUACCGGUAUUAGGUGUAGUAGUAUAAUGGCUUAUGUAUUUAUGGGGUUUCACUUGCUGUAUUUUGUGUGGCAGCUACGCUGUUUUCAUCAACUUCAUGUUUUGAGUUAGUGUUACUACGACGUUUUUACUUAA